AUGGUAGGCCCUUCUACCCCCAUAGGGACCAUACGACACAUCCAGGGCCUAACAAGGUUCUCUCGUGGACACUUACCUUUUGAAUAUCUAGAAUGUCCUAUCUUCCUCGGUCAUAGGCGCAUACACUAUUUUGACGCCCUAGUGGGCAAGUUGAGGAAGAAACUAGCAGGAUGGAAGUUACAACUUCUAUCCCUUGGAGGACGGAUCCAGUUGAUACGCCAUGUCCUCAUGAGCAUGCCAUUACACCUUUUGGCAGUCCAUGAGGUACCAGACACCGUCUUACAGACUAUUAGAUGGAUAUGCACGUCCUUCCUUUGGGAUGGACAACUUGAGGGACCUCGUCGCCAACGUCGAGUUUCUUGAGAGAAAGCAUGUCGACCUACAGAUGAGGGUGGCCUAGAUAUUCGGCACCGUCAAGAUGUACUCAACAUGCUUCAAAAGAAAUUCGUUUGGAGGAUGAGGACCACACCAUCGGUGCUAGGCUCUUUUGUGUCAACCAAAUAUGGUGAGUGGGCUCGACAGCAGGCUGACAUCAAAGGAGUCAAACGAUGGGCAGACUGGCAGCGACAUUGGUUAGAGAUGGUGCCCCUUAUUCGUUGGCGAGUAGGGCGAGGCGUGAUCAGUGCCUGGUACGACACUUGACUAGAGGACACACCAUUGGCCAGUUUUACCACUUUCACAUCCUCUUGGCCUCGCUUAACGGUAGCCCAACUUCUCCAAGGAGACACUCGUCUACUUAUUGAGAGGCAUGGACUACCGUCGGACUUGUUACCAGCCAUCACCAUGACUAAGACGAGUUUUACUGAGGACCAACCCAUCUGGACACUUACCGUAGAUGGCAGUUUCUCUUGUAGCUCCUCUUGAGAGUACUUUAGAAACCGCUCCCCAAAGACAUUUUGGGGAAAUCUCAUAUGGCAUCCGGCUAUCACACCUCCUGUUUCGUUCUUCCUGUGGAAGUUCAUGCACCGAGGACUACCCACCGACGAUCGAGUGAUUCUCACCGAUCAAGAGGUGGAAAGGAGAUGUCAUUGUUGUUCCAUCACGACAGACGAAAGUAUGGAACAUCUAUUUUUCCAUAGUGGUAUCGCUGUCGAGUGUUGGCGUCAACUUCUAGCGAAUUGGCUUCUAAUGCUCUCGUACAGACCUACGAGACCACCACUAGAGGUCUUUAGGAGAGUCUUUGACUCACCAACGAGUGUCAAGGUUAGUCCUUUCAUCCGUAUCUCCAUAGCAUAUAUGUUAUGGGAAAUAUGGAAGGGACGUAACUCAUCUCGAUUUACAGGCCAAGUGAUGCGUGCCACAGAGAUUAUGAGGCACGUAACACAAUGGCUUCGGAGUACUCAUUCCUUAGUGCCAAACAAAACGAAACGCUCGUGUUCUGUUUGUGAGGCUUUUGGGCUUUGGGGACUCCAUAUCAUACCUACACAGACUUGGACUACUAUUUGAUCUGUUAGAUGGACACCACCAAGGGUUGGACAGUGGAAACUCAAUGUCGAUGAAGCAUCUCAAGGCAACCCUGGACCAUCUGGAGGAGGAGGUAUUUUACAUGAUAGUACAGGAUGCAUUCUCUUUGCCUUUUCAAACUUUUAUAAUAUACGAACUAAUACUGAGGCAGAGGCUAUGGCAAUACGGGAUGGUUUGCUUCUUUGUGAGGAGUAAAAUAUUACUAAUAUUGUCUUAGAAUCUGACUCAAAAGUGUUAGUGGACAUGUUACGUGCAGACUCUUGUCCUCAUUGGAGACUCAAGAAUAUUUGGGCAGACAUCAUGCGAUGUCGAAGACGCAUCACAACCAUUACGCAUCAGUUCCGAGAAGGGAAUCAGACAGCCAAUGCCCUUGCUACGUAUGGAGUCAGAUCGCGUCGGAGGACAGUCUUCUCUUUUUGACAGGACAUGCCCCUCGAAGCUCGAGGUGCUCAUAGACUUGAGCGACUCGGCAUACCCUCUUUACGCAUACACCGCACUCCACUACCGGCCCCUCCACGGCAGUGGCGUAUUGCUUGGAGGAGAUCAAGGGUGAUUACUAUUGGCCGUGGCAGUGGCUGCUGAAGACCACAAUGGAGAUAUAGUUACGUGUUUCCUUUGUUUCUGUUUUCAGGUCUAUCACAAGCCACAACCAUGACAUCAUCAUGGCGCUCAUCCCAUACCACCGAUGUGAAAUGCACUUUGCCUAUCAACACAAGACGGACAACAAGGCACAUCGUAAUCCACUCGGGUACGCUACUUCCAAUCAUUACUCUCUUCAUAAUCACCUCACAUCUAUUAUCUAUCACCCCCAAGUAGUGAAGACAUAGAACUAUCAGCACAUGUUGGCAUCUGCCCACUUUUGAACUAUAGGUCUAUAGCACAUCAGACCUGCCAAACUAGUUGUGAAUCGCCAACCUAGCACCUCUCUCAAGAUCUCAUUAGUACCAUCAGCUAGCUUGAACCCAUGAGAAGGAAAGGAUCUAUAUCCAUAGGAUUGACCCUCUCUCUUCUCUCUCUCUCUCUCGAUUCUCUAUUUCUUUCUCCCUCCCUUUUUCUCUUUUUAAAAAAAAAAAAAAAGCGAGCAACCUAUUUUCCUUCCCCCAAUCACUAGACUCCAAAGGGAAUUACCCUUGUACACCAAAUAAUGGGCAUUAGUGGAGGGUAAAAGAAGAGGCCCUCAAAAAAAAAAAAAAACAAAAAGAGAGAAAGAAGAAAGAGAGAAUAAGAGAAAAGAAAAGAGUUAGAAAAAGAGACCAAGUCAUUCCUCGUGGGGUGAAAAGUUUCCUUACCUACUUAGAGGAAGUACGGCAACUGAUGGUACUAACAAGAUUUUGGCCAGAGGGAUUAGACGCGUGCAACACUAGAAAGGCAAAUUCAUAUUUGGGCUUAUUGUCAUACUCCAGCAUAGUUCUAUACUCCUCACUGUCUUAACAUAUCUUUUCUCACCACUUUAUAUCAUUUUAUUUUCUUUCUUAGAACCACUUACUACAGCAAAUUCUUGUCUUGCAGGAACACCUCAUGGUGCACAACAUGGAGGUUUACACGUCCUACUAUUGUCAACUAGAUAUUCCAACUUCAUGAACUUAAAAGCUCUUUCAGCCCAAAUGCAGAUCAACCGGUUUCUUUAAAUAUGAUGAGUGAACUGGAGUCUAUCUCCAGUAUUAUCACAUCCCCUCUAAAAAAAGAGGUCUUUCACCCUCCAUGUCAUCCUCGCCCCUUGUGCGAAUGAGAUCCCACUUAUGUAACCUCAAAAUGAGGUCAAACUUUUAUCACUCAAUCAAAUUUCUUCAAAAAAAAAAAAACCCUAAAUCUUAAACCCUAAACAAAGAUUGUCAUACCAUAGGAACCGCUACGUCAGGUACUAUUCCCAUUCUAUGAUACCAUUGUCCCAGUACGAAGCUAUAGCGAGGAUGAUGGGAGGAGGACAAUAGCUUUUACUUAUGAGGAGGUCUCCCAGAUGGCAGUCGCAUUCCAAUAUACCUUAGUUGGUCGUUUCACUACGAAAUGACCAACCAUAGGUGACAUAGAAAAGAUUUACUUGGCACCUAGAAAUUUUCAGGACCGAGUCUCCAUCGGAGCUUGAGACUAUCAUAGCAUAUAUAUUCGCUUUGAGUUAGAAGCGGAUUAUCGCCGAGCAUGGAGCCGACCCACUUAGACAAUAGGAGAGUCUACCCUCCAUACCCACAGAUGGACACCACAGACCGACAUAGGGUAUCGAGCACAUCAGUCUCAUGCGGUUCCAUUAUGGGUGGGCUUCCCUAGCCUACCUACCCAUUUAUUUACGCCAAAGGCACUUGAGUCUUUCACAAAUGCGGUGGGAACAUUCAUAUGCCUUGACCCAGGCGUAAAAAUGUUCAACCGGCCAGGAUACGCACGAGUUUGUAUAGAGGUGGACCUAAUGGCCCCUCUACAGAGGACUCUCGUUAUACGUAGUGGAGAUGAUGAGCUUUAUCAGCCUAUCAUUUAUGAGAGAUUACCAUAUUUAUGCACACAUUGUGCUAUCUUGGGCCACACUGUCAGCACAUGUUGUCAGAAGGUAGGUACACCACAAGCGACCACAUGAGCCUUCUUAGUACCGAUCUCAUAUGACGAUUACCUUGUCGAAAUGAGAAAGGAUGCUCAGAGUGUUCGUCAUCCUCAGAGGUUGACUGCCCCUAUGGCGGCUCCACCUCCCUUACCUCGGAAGGCACAAGAAAAGCCUAGGUCACUGAUUGAGACACAGCAUGCACAGCGAAAGCCGGCAGCUGGACGCCCUUCUUCCAUCCACACAGGAGGAAAGAAAGGAACACGAGAGGCUACACCUUCCCCUUUAGGCAAGGGAAAGAAACCCCUAACCUCAAACACCUUCGAGGUCUUAGAAGCUUUAGAUGAGAGAAACUUUGAGGGACCUGCACAGAAGGGAACUAGGCCUUCCAAAGGGCUAGCAUCCCCCACUACGAGGGACUCACCUAGUCAAACCCCACAUACUAGAUCCCCUCGGGCUAUCCGACCCCCCAUACUCACCCACCCCACUCUACCCAUUAGUGUCUCUCCACCACCCAGCUCCUCCCCGCCCAUUCACUCUUCCCCACAUAGCAAGAGCCCUUCACCUCUUAGUCCCCACCGACCGAGGUCUACCCCUUUCUUUGAGGGUAUAGGCUUGGGCACUAUCCAUCCCCCUCAAAUCCCCGUCGAUGAUCUACUAGGAGGGCCUACCCCCAGCAUACUUCCUAUUAGUACAUCUUACGUAGCCCCCCGUUCUGAUUCUUACACCCUUCCCCCCUCUCCCCUACUACACCUGCCAGAUCAGUUCCCUAUACUUGAUCCACCACUCGCUGAUUCUAGAGAGAGCCCCGAUAGAAGACAGUGCUUAACGAAUCGUUAAGCACCGCACCCAUCCUCCUCAUCUAGUACUCAUGAUACUAGUGGCCACACGAUUAGUACCCAUGAGGAUGGUAGCUCUGAGACAGACAUUGAGACUACCUACUUAG